UCCAAUCUAAUUUCUCCCUGGAAAUAAUUUCUCUUUGCAUCCUUCCCAUGAAUUCUGAUGUUAACACGCUCUGUCGGAGUAAACCAAACCUGCUCCAGGAGCUAUAACAUGGAACCAACCAACCCUGCUCCAGGAUCUAUAACAUGGAUCCGACGAGUCUGGAGUUAGUCCUGAACCAUGCGCCGCAAUGAUAGGUGUACUUUGUUACGUGCUUGAUUGUAAAUAGUGCGCGCACAGUUAGAUUUGAACGACAGGAAGGAAAGAGAAACUAAUUCUUGUGAGCUGCAGCUGUGUGUCCUGGUAAAACCUGGAUAAUUAUGUAAUCAACCAACGAAGGACAUAUAAACGUACACUUUUGUAUAUAUUUGUCCAUAUAUACAUAAAGUAUAAAUUCAUCAUCAUGGAUAUAUCAAAUAUAUUAUCCAAAUCUAAAUAAAUACAUUUCCUUCUCGGAGAAUUGAGAUUUAGGAAAUAUUUCUAGGAUGAAUAUUCCCAGAUAUAUUCUGGGUUCUGCUAAAAAGUUUAAAUUUCAUCUUGUUGGAGGAGUUGGAUUGUUUUUUAUCCUCGCCCAUACAGUUCUCUAUACAAACCACUCUGUAGGGGUAAAACAGCGAAGUAAUGAGGAAAACCUAUUCUAUGACAGAUCCCCUAAACAGCUCCUCUCCUCUAUCGGCAAGAAACCCCUUUCCGAGGAGAAAAAAUCCUCAACCAACCGUCCAACCAUCCAUGCUCCGCUAUUAUCCGUCCCAAACAAAAACACGGAAAGAACUUCCGAGGAAACAUUUUCAGGUUUAGAAACAAACCAUUCCGAACUCGGAGUUGAGAUCACUGGAACCGUGGAGCUUACUUCAAAGGGUGAGGCUAUACAGGAUGUUAAAGAAAAGAAACCUAGAAAAAAGUCCAAAAUUAAAGACAAAGACUCGGAUAACGUGAUAAAUAUUAAACCAUUUCUGAAUUUUACCGCUAGUUUACUUGGUAUAAAUACAGUUCUACCAGAGGAUCAGAAGUAUCUGAAUCCCUCCGACCCAGCAACUGUUAUCAAAUCCAUGUUUAAUAUCUGGAAUCCAAAGGCUAGUAACUGGGCCCUGAGGACGAGUAAAAGAUUUAAGAAAAUUCUGGAGGUUGAAGGAGAACAUGGAUGGAACUUUACUCAACAUGACUCAGAGGAACAGAUCCAGGUUCCUAUGCAACAUUGUAAUUGUACUAGAACCCUGUUGGGACGGUUCCCCCGGGAUGGAUCUGUUUCUGACUCCACCUGCAGUUCGGAUACUUAUCUCCGGGGACCAGGACAGAAGAUCAUUGGAUUCUCUUUCUACGGGAACCCAAACUCAACCAAAUCUAAGUACAGAAAAUAUUUUCAGGGUAUAAAAGAAAACCUUGAUCUUGUUCCUGAGCUGUAUCCAGGUUGGAUUAUCAGGGUUUACUAUGAUCUCCAACCUGGAGAUCAACAACUGACCGACCUAUGCAACCUUGCCUGUGAAAAUACCAAUCUAGAUAUUUGUUAUGUAAAGAAUCUCCCGUCCUCUACUGAUAUCAGCAAGGUGUUUGCCAUGAACUGGAGAUUCUUCCCAACCCUAGAUCCCCAGGUUGAUCUAUAUAUAUCCAGGGAUCUAGAUUCUAGAAUCAAUUCUAGAGAAACAUCUGCAGUAUCAGAAUGGUUAAACUCACCUCAUUCAUUCCACUUUAUGCGAGAUAAUCCUGCUCAUGGUAUAGAAAUACUAGGGAGUGGUUGGGGAGUAAGUCUAGGAGUUAGAAACUCUACGGUUAGAAACCUUAUAGUAGAAUCCUUCCAGGAGGCGAGUAAAGAUCCAAUAUUCUGGGCUAAACGUGAUUCCUAUGGUCCUGAUCAGGGAUUUCUCAAACGAUACCUCUGGCCUUGGGGUAAAUGGAGUUCUAUGUCCCAUGACUCCUACACCUGUCAGAGAUUUCCUAGAACUUCUCCUUUCCCAACACAGAGGGAACUGGUGGAGAACAACUUUGUAGCAAGUGUGGUUGAAGCUAGAGAUGUGAUGAAGAAGGAGUGUCCAGAAGCCUGCAGACCUAAACUCCACAAGGAUUGGAUUUAUUGUUGAAAUAAUAGAAAAAGAUAUAUAAACAUACAGGGUGUCACAAAAAACAGGGUUUAGAACUUUUUAGUUCCUUUAAUCGUUAAUUUCUCUGUUAACUUCAUCUAACUAAUAUUGCUAAAGAAACAAUUAUUUACAUCUAUCUGAUGAAUCUGAUCCCAACUAGAUUUUUCUUCUGUGCUUUCUGAAAUCCAAGGUGUAUAUGUAGACCUAUACCCAGAACAUUUGAAAUAUAAACGCUAAUCCCUGUUUUUGGGUCACCCUGUAGGUUCACCAGGAUCAGCUGAUAGUUUUGAUAGUUUGACAAGAUCUGUGAUAUAUGUUAACGUAAAAAAAAGUCAAUGAAAAUGUCCUAGAAUAAUUUCCCAACAAUGUAUAAAAAAGACAGUUUAGAUAAAAAGUUGUAUGUUCAAUAGAUUAUAUUAUAAAGAGAGGUGUAAAUAAUUGAAAGCGUCCAGUUUUUUACAAAACUUGUAUAGCUUCACAUUUUAACAUUUUAACAUAAAUUGGUUCUUGUUCAAUGAGAACCAGAAAACUGUGGAAUAAUAAAUCAAAAUUUUUACUCAAAUAAAUUUUUUUUUAUAGCUUAAAGAACAUAGACACUGCAUGCUUGUGUAGUGUCCAGACCCAAUUUAAAUCUAGUAGUAAACCUUUUUGCUUUGUAGCAACGUCAAAUACACUUAAAGAUUGCUUUAAUGUCGUCUUCCUAUUUCACAAUUAUUUGGUCCUUACUGUACCUAUAGAUAGAAUUAAUGUUUCAACGUUUUCUUCUAGAUUUUAAGACACUAUAUAAAAUUUACUUUCUUAAUUAGGAAUCACAAAAUCUGCAAUGGAAUUGAGUCUAAUAUUUUAUCCCUUUAUCUUUCCAACCUGAUGGUGUAAACCUUU